GUCUGAAUAUAGGUGGGAAAAGAUAACUCCGCCUGUGUUAAAGGAAGUAACUAGCUAGCUAAGAUAUCAGACUAGUUUAGUUUCUUUUAAGUGCAGAAUUAAUCGUUUAACUUGUUUAUUUCAGAUAUUUGUUGACGAUUCGUAAGUAUUUUUAGACGUAUGGGAUAUCACAGAACGCGAAUUAAGCACGUGUUUAUGUUAGCUAAGCGUCCAAGCUAGCUACCUGUAUAGGUGUUGUGGUUCGCGCUGGUCAGCAUGAUGGCAUGAGGGACAGCCUGAGAAUGGACACGCCGAUCUUUGCUUUAUAAUCGGUUUGAGAUGAGGGACUUGUAAAACAUCCGGGCUGAAAUUAGUUUAGUUUAGCGAGCUAUUCAGAGCAGAGGUGGCAGGUUCGAGUGUUUGUGUUCAGACUGGAUGUCAUGGUUUAUUCCUGGAACCAUGUCCUGUAAAUCUAAAGUAGCCCCCAGUGUGGAUUUUGACCACAGCUGCUCGGAUAGUGUGGAAUAUCUGACUCUUAACUUCGGGCCUUUUGAGACAGUCCAUCGCUGGAGGAGACUUCCGCCCUGUGAUGAGUUUGUAGGUGCAAGGCGCAGCAAGCACACAGUUGUGGCCUACAGGGACGCCAUCUACGUGUUUGGAGGAGAUAAUGGGAAGAACAUGCUUAAUGACCUGCUACGCUUCGACGUGAAGGACUGCUCGUGGUGUCGGGCGUUUACCACCGGGACUCCACCUGCCCCCAGAUAUCACCACUCCGCUGUGGUGUACGGAAGCAGCAUGUUUGUGUUUGGUGGUUAUACAGGUGAUAUCUAUUCAAACUCCAACCUGAAAAACAAAAACGAUCUGUUCGAGUAUAAGUUUGCCACGGGUCAGUGGACGGAGUGGAAGGUGGAAGGAAGGUUAGUGGCACGCUCCGCCCACGGGGCCACGGUGUAUAACGACAAGCUGUGGAUCUUUGCUGGCUAUGACGGAAAUGCAAGGCUGAAUGACAUGUGGACUAUCGGCCUUCAGGAUCGAGAGCAGGCCUGCUGGGAGGAGAUCGAGCAGAGCGGAGAGAUUCCCCCGUCCUGCUGUAACUUCCCUGUAGCUGUGUGCCGGGACAAGAUGUUCGUCUUCUCUGGACAGAGUGGAGCCAAAAUCACCAACAACCUUUUUCAGUUUGAGUUUGAAGGUCACAUAUGGACCCGCAUCCCUACCGAGCAUUUACUCAGAGGUUCCCCACCACCACCACAGAGGCGUUAUGGCCACACCAUGGUCGCGUUCGACCGCCACCUCUAUGUGUUUGGUGGAGCUGCAGAUAACACGCUGCCCAAUGAGCUGCACUGCUACGAUGUGGACUCUCAGACGUGGGAGGUGAUCCAGCCCAGUGCCGACAGUGAGAUGCCUAGCGGGAGACUGUUCCACGCUGCAGCAGUGAUCCACGAUGCCAUGUACAUUUUCGGAGGAACAGUCGAUAACAACGUCCGCAGUGGAGAGAUGUACAGAUUUCAGUUCUCUUGUUAUCCGAAAUGCACCCUUCACGAAGACUACGGAAAGCUGUGGGAAAACAGACAGUUCUGCGACGUGGAGUUCAUCCUCGGAGAGAGGGAGGAGAGGGUGCUGGGCCAUAUCGCCAUAGUAACGGCACGAUGUCAGUGGCUGCGGAAGAAGAUUCUUCAGACCAGAGAUCGACAGAAACAAAGGAGUAAGCAGGAGGCCAGUGAGGAGAGCGAGGAGUCUGGUGCAGUCAGACAGAAGGACAGCUCCACCACUGCAAAGCCAUCAGGAGGUCCUCCUCUGUUGGAGGUGUUCAUCAGAGAGGCCGAAGCUCAGCCGUUUGAGGUCCUGAUGCAGUUUCUGUACACGGACAAGAUCCAGUAUCCACGCAGAGGCCAUGUUCAAGAUGUCCUGUUGAUCAUGGACGUAUAUAAACUUGCCCUGAGUUUCAAGCUUUCGCGGCUGGAGCAGCUGUGUGUGCAGUACAUCGAGGCCUCGGUUGACCUGCAGAACGUCCUCAGCGUGUGUGAGAAUGCAAACAAACUGCAGCUCGACCAGCUCAAGGAGCACUGCCUUAACUUCGUGGUGAAGGAGACUCACUUUAAUCAGGUGAUCAUGACCAAGGAGUUUGAGCAUCUUUCCACUCCCCUCAUCGUGGAGAUCGUGAGACGCAAACAACAGCCACCUCCCAGAGUCUACUCUGACCAGCCGGUCGAUAUCGGUACAUCUCUGGUGCAGGACAUGAAGGCUUACCUGGAAGGGGCGGGGCUGGAAUUCUGUGACAUCAUCCUGCUGUUGGACGGUCAUCCUCGUCCAGCCCACAAAGCCAUUCUGGCAGCUCGCUCCAGCUAUUUUGAAGCGAUGUUCCGCUCCUUCAUGCCUGAGGAUGGACAGGUGAACAUCUCUAUAGGAGAAAUGGUGCCGAGCAAACAGGCCUUCGAGUCCAUGCUGCGCUACAUUUAUUACGGAGACGUCAACAUGCCUCCGGAGGACUCUCUGUACCUGUUUGCGGCUCCGUAUUAUUACGGCUUCUCGAACAACAGGCUGCAGGCGUACUGCAAGCAGAACCUGGAGAUGAACGUUACCGUAGAGAACGUCUUGCAGAUACUGGAGGCAGCGGAUAAGACCCAGGCUCUGGACAUGAAGAAGCACUGUCUGCAUAUCAUAGUGCACCAGUUUAUCAAGGUGUCCAAGCUCCCCAACCUGCGAUCGCUCAGCCAGCCGCUGCUGUUGGACAUCAUAGAGUCUCUGGCAUCACACAUAUCAGAUAAACAGUGUGCCGAGAUGAGCUCCGAUAUAUAGGCAUGUCUCCUGGUCUCGUCUCCUGGUCUCGUCUCUUCUCACCUGUUUAUUUAUUCAUCUCAUGCAGCGUCUCUGCCGUUUCUCCCCUCCCCCUUUUUUCUCUCCUUGCGCUUCUUCUUCCUGCAGCCUGCUUUCUCUUUCUGAAUCUGUGGAAAGUUCUGUGCAUGGUUGACGGAUAAAACUAACACAUUCAUUCACUAACCGGUUUAAAGUACCUCUGAACAUGCCGCUUUAAUCCGUUAAAAACAUAUAUAGUGUAGGAUAAACCGUCCUGAUAUAACUGACUCUCUCAUAAUACCGUAUUUAUAAAUAUUAACGAAUAUGCUAAUCAGAAAGGCUUCCAUGUCUGUGCUGCUGUCCCAAAUAACUAGCUAAUAAGUUCAAGCGAUGUUGUUAUACUACACUUCGGGAUUGAUUGUUUUCCUAUACUAUAUGGGCAGUAUGUGCUCUCACGCCCAUAUGUGGUUUCUUCCUCAAACUUUUGCCAUGGUCUUUUAUAUGCUGUAGCUGUUCACUGUGCUCCUGUGAGCAAAGCGAGCUUCAUGAAGACAUGAUUUGAGGAGGUCAGGAGUGGAAGAACUCUAGUGUCCUGCACUGACGACACUCCUGAAGCCUUUAUUAUCGCCACACAUACAUUACAGCUUUUCUUCGCAUAUCCCAGCUGAGGAAAGUUGGGGUCAGAGAGUGCAGGGGCAGCUAUGAUACAGAGCUGAGAGGGUUAAGGACCUUACUCAACUACCCAGCAGUGGAGCUUGGUGGUGCUGGGGCUUGAACCCCGAUCCUCCGAUUAACAACCCAGAGCCUUGACCACUUGAGCCACCACUGUCCUGCACUGACUCAAACUCAACCCCACUGAACACCUUUGGGAUGAACUGGAACAUUGACUAUGCUCUCGACAUCGUUGUCUGAUCUCACUAAUGCUCUUAUGGCUGAAUCUCCAAAAUCCUUCCCAGAAGAGUGGAGAGCUUCUAAUAACAGAAACAGGAUGUUCGACAUGAACAUAUGGCGUAAUAGUCAUGCGUGCACAUACUUUAAACCAUACAGUGUAUUUAAUUUAUUUAUAUACAUAUAUCGUCAAGUUCAAUACACUAGUCAAUUUCCAUCGUCUGAUAAUUUGCAUAUCGGCUGUGAUUGGUCCAGAGCACUUCAGCCUGUUUUCUGACAUCACAACUCUUCUUUUUCUGACCUCUCUUUCUCUUUUGGUCAGAAAGUAACGCAUUAAACAAUGUUCUGAGGUACUUCAAAGUGACUGUAAAACAAUACAUGAAUAUAGAAUGACUGUAAUUCCAGUUAUAUGAACGAUUAUAACCAACAAACUCCUCUUUCCGCCGGUGCCGUUAUCCUAAUCCUAGUCCAUCCUAUUAAGUGCUUUGAUUCUCUGAAUGUUUUCUAUACAGCACUGUAAAUAUUAUAUCCUGAGAUUUAUUUAUUCCUAAACUAUUUGGACCUCUUUGUUGUCAGUUUCCGCUUGCAGUCCCACGACUGUGACCUAAAUAAAUAAAUAUGUACAGCUUGCGGUAUUGUAUGAUUUGUAUACUAACUGCAGAGACUCUGAGAGUGGACUACUUCUUCUUCCUUAAUAAAAAAAUUGUAAUAAAAGUGUUUGGUCAUUCA